AUGAAAGUAGAUGAUCUUGAAGAUGAGAAGGAAAAAAAAUUGUAUAAAAAAAGGGCCAAAGAAGGCAGAAUGAUCCGGCUGCCGAAAGAUUUGAUGAUCGAUGAUGAUUUCAUCCCUGUUUACUUUGGGAGAGGCGGUAGAGGGCCCGUUGGUGGUGGUCCCGGGCAAGGAGGGAACUGUGUAGCGUAUCCGGCCAUUGCGAAGAUGGCUGUCUAUAAUGUGUUUGGCGUCAAGGUGUGCGGAGUAAUGAUUAACAGGUUUGGAAAAGACUGGUUGGAUGAGAUGGAAGAUGGCCUAUAUAUAAUAAAUAAUGGGUUAAGAAGAGUUGAAGAUUUGGUCAAAAUGUAA